AUGGUCCGUGCAUCUUUGCGGGCGAGCGAGCGCUCUCUCUCGCCAGGGGUCCAUCCCACAAAAUCAUUUUUGCCCUCCAAAUCCAAAACCACGCAAAGACAAUCACUCCAUCCGACCAGACAAGACUCCCCUCCCGCCGUCGCCAAAUCCCCCUCAAAUACCGCCAAGAUGCCUCGCGAAAUCGGUGAUAUCAAGCAGUUCAUUGAGAUUGCCCGGAGAAAGGACGCUUCCUCCGCUCGCAUCAAGCGCAGCAACAAGAACGCCCAGAUCAAGUUCAAGGUCCGCUGCCAGCGCCACCUGUACACCCUCGUCCUCAAGGACUCCGACAAGGCCGAGAAGCUCAAGCAGUCCCUUCCCCCUCAGCUCCAGAUCAAGGACGUCGCCAAGAAGAACCCCAAGGGCAAGUCCGCAUAAGCACUUCCCGACCUGGAAAUCGAAAACUUGUCAAAAUCGCUUCGAUGGAGGAAUAGGAGGUCAUCAGUAGGCCCGUCUUCACGAGGUCAAUGGAAUGGUUUUGUGGGAGCUAUUGGGCCGGCCGGUCCUCGGGGAAAAUGAAGUGACGGGUUGUGUCUGUCCUCUCGGAAGAGAGUGAUGGAAGAUCUGUUCACGAGACACGUAUGGCGUCGAGGGAUUACCUAGCCAAACUGCGGAUUGAGAUGGACUUGUCUACCUACCCUCACCUAGGUAGUCAGACAUUUCGCCAAUGAAGAAACCAUUGAACACAAUUUAAAAGACAAGUCGCAGACGCAGCAAAUGUCGCAUUGGUAUCCUCCUACGUACUUUUCCUGUCAUGCUGUAAGAGGCCCCCUCCUGUCGACCAUGCUCCAGAUUCGCCAGUCAGUCUCGACAUCCUCUAGCCCAUCUGGGCUAAAUGCUUCGACAGCAGACCC